UAGGAGUCAAUUCAUUUUGAGGAUUUUGGUCCGAAUGUUAAAACUUUUACAAGUAAGUCUCAGGAACAUACACUUAAUUUAGCAGUCUCUGCAAACUUUGUGGGUUUCAAUACGGGUAUGCAUUGGUCACCAUGCACGAUGGAUGAAAAUAGUGAUCUAAUAAAAAUGGAUCCAAGUGCGCAGCAAAUAUCUGCUUCUGCUAUUACAAUACAAUGGAGUUCAGAAAGUAUUUGUGUCUCUAUACUUGAUGGUUACAAUGUUACUUAUUGUGAAGUAGAAUUUAAAAAUAAAAGUUGCUCAAAUUUACCUACUUAUAUAAUUGUGGACAAAAAUUUGAAAAAACUUACAAUAUCUUAUUUGAAGCCUUAUACAAUUUAUAAAAUUCAAAUGAGAAUGUAUUCUCAUGUUAAUGAGGGUAAAAUGAGUGAUCCAAUAUAUCUCCAAACUCUCGAGUGCGCUCCAUCACCUCCACGUCAACUGCAGGUGUCGAACAUUACUAAUUCAAGCGCUUUGUUAAAAUGGUUGCCUCCUAGUCAGCCUAACGGGCCGAUUCGAAAUUAUAUUGCUACUGUGAAUGGUGAAAGAUAUCAUAUUCCAAAUGAAGAUUUUUAUAAUUCCUCAAACCAAAUUAUCUAUAAAGUAGAAAAUUUAUACGCGUACACAGCAUAUAAGGUUUAUGUGACAGCAGAAAAUAGUGUUACCUCAGAUACAAGCAACGAUAUUCACUUUACAACAUUAAUUAGUUAUCCAUCGCUACCUGGCAGUGCAGUUCCUGUAGGUGGUGAUAACAACAAUACUGUAAUACAAUGGGCCGAACCUGUAUUACCAGGUGGUCCUUUAAGUUUUUACGAAGUAGCGGUUACUCAAACACGGAACACUGAUGUGUUAGCAAGAAGGAUAAGUGUUAUCGAAGGACUCAAUUGUAGUUUAAAAAUACCUGCAUGUAUCGAUCAUGAAUAUAAAACAACUUUAGAAGUUCGAGCAGUAAAUGCUGUAGAUAUAAACGAUAUUUCACAAGACGAAAAAAAGUCUUCUUUUUCAGACGAUGUAGUUAUAAACGAUUAUUAUGAAACAAAUGAACUGAUAUGCUCAAAUGGUAAAGAACCUAUUACAAAAUACCAAAACAGUUCUUUAUAUUACCUUUAUAAAUCUGAAUGGGUAAAAGGUACUACAUAUGGUUGCCCCACAAAUCGGCUUAGUAAAAUAACCAAAAUUGCACUUUGUGUUAUUGUUUUGUCUUUAGGUGUAAUGAUGACUCUUUAUAUAGCACGAAAACAAUACAACAAAAUGGCGAAUAUAAAUUGCACGCUACCUUCGGAUUUUAUAGAUUUCGAAGUUCCUAAAGAUAAUAAUGAAGUUUUUACGACCGAAAUACUUAAAAUAAAGAAAGAUACUCAGAUUGUUAAAAUGAAUACAAAGAAAGAAUUUGGUUAUUCAAAUGAAAAUCAUCAUUUGCUUUCCGCUGUUAAUAAUGAAUUUGGUUAUCAUGCUGAGCCACAUACAUUCAGAAGUCAAAAUAUUAAAACCACAUCUGUUAAUGAUAUUAGUAGCAUAACAGCGAAUUCAGUGAUUUACGAACGUACACAUUCUAAUGGGUCUUCUAGCUCGUUAGCUGAAAGCAGUUGUAGCAACAUAUCAAAUACGUUUCAAAGCAACAUCAAUGGCAAAAACAAUUACAAUGUUAUUGAAGUAGUUGGCCUAAAUAUGGAAAUAUUACAAAAAGUUGGAGUCAACAUCAGACCUGAAAGUGUCGUAAAUUUGCAAGAGCAUAAUAGCGAAAAUAAUAAUGACUGUAAGGGAUUUAAAAAAUCAAAAUGUGAUAAUGGUUAUGUUUCUGUAAAUAACAUAAUUCAAACAAAUCAAUCAUCCACAUCAGACGAAUAUGUACCUUCAUCGAUUUUGAUAGAAAAUACUAAUCAAGCAUUACAAGAUAUUGAUCAUUACAGCCCAAAGAUGGUAACUGCGCCUAUUAAUGCAAGUGGAUAUAUACAGCAUAAUGAGUUAUUUAAAGAAAUAUUUGAAUUGUCUCCUCAAUUAAGUUUGAAUGAUGAUUACACAACAAUAGAAGACUUAAAUAAAUUUAAUUCCACUAGUAAUGAUUUGUUCAGCUCUGGUAAAAUAUCCGGUUAUGUGAAACAACGUGACUUCACUGCUUAUGGCCAACAGCAAUCUAUUUAAAAAUUUAUUCGAUAAAUCAAACGAUCACAGAUGUCUAGCAGUUAAAUUUAUUACAAUAUAAUAUUGAAGUAGAUUUUCUGCUUGUUAAGUAAUAUCUAGUUAAAACCCCAGAACGAAUAAAUAUAGACUUGCAAUUUAUUGAUUUUAUAAUAUUUUAUAUUACGAUUUUUUAAUAUAUUAGUUAAGUAUAAUUAUAGUACUAACAGUACACAAAUGGUAAAUUUUAUAAAUACAGUUCAAUCUAUCAGAAAAUGGAUAAAUGUAUUAUUUAAUAUGUCUAUAUAAAUUUUAGUUGUACUUGAGAACAUAUUAUAAUAAGGAAAACAAAUAACAUAAAAAUUCAUAAGACUUGAAACUAAUACAUUCAAAUUAACAAGAACAAAAUUUCUACUACACUGGCCAUUCAUGUUAAAAUUGUAAAAUAAGUAUUAUAUAUCUAAG